AUGUAUAUAUGCACUUCUCGUGUCGCUGUCUAUGGCUGCAUCGUGAUAGUUAGUGAAUCCUGCGUUACACUGUCUGGUAUCUGUUGGCGGCAUCUCAUACAGCUUCUCCGCAUCUCACCACAGCCCCUCCCAAUCGCACCACAGCCCCUCCCCAUCUCACCAUGGCCCCUCCCCAUCUCAUCAAGGCCCCUCCCCAUCUCACCACAACCCCUCCCCAUUUCAUCACAGCCCCUCCCCAACUCACCACGGCCCCUCCCCAUUUCACCACAGCCCCUCCCCAUUUCAUCACAGCCCCUCCCCAACUCACCACAGCCCCUCCCCAUCACAACAGUCCGUCUGCAUCUCAACACAACCCCUCCCCAUCUUACCACAACCCCUCCCUAUCUCACUGCAGUCCCUCCCAUUCUCAACAGUCCGUCUGCAUCUCAACACAACCCCUCCCCAUCUUACCCCAACCCCUCCCUUCUCACCAAAGCCCCUCCUCAAUCCCGCCAGGGCCCCUCUCCAAUUGCACCGACCCCAUCCCUCACUGCACCAGAGCCCCUCCUCAAUCUCGCCAGGGCCCCUCUCCCAUUGCACCAACCCCAUCCCUCAUUGCACCAACCCCAUCCCUCAUUGCACCAGAGCCCCUCCUCAAUCUCGCCAGGGCCCCUCUCCCAUUGCACCGACCCCAUCCCUCAUUGCACCAGAGCCCCUCCUCAAUCUUGCCAGGGCCCCUCUCCCAUUGCACAGACCCCAUCCCUCAUUGCACCAGAGCUCCUCCCUCAGUGCACUAGAGCCCCUCUCUCGUCUCUCUACAGCCCCUCCUCAAUCUCGCCAGGGCCCCUCUCCCAUUGCACUGACCCCCUCCCUCAUUGCACCAGAGCCCCUCCUCAAUCUCGCCAGGGCCCCUCUCCCAUGCACCGACCCCAUCCCUCAUUGCACCAGAGCUCCUCCCUCAUUGCACUAGAGCCACUCUCUCGUCUGUCCACAGCCCCUCCUCAAUCUCGCCAGGGCCCCUCUCCCAUUGCACCGACCCCAUCCCUCAUUGCACCAGAGCCCCUCCUCAAUCUCGCCAGGGCCCCCUCUCCCAUGCACCGACCCCAUCCCUCAUUGCACCAGAGCUCCUCCCUCAUUGCACUAGAGCCCCUCUCUCGUCUGUCCACAGCCCCUCCUCAAUCUCACAAGGGCCCCUCUCCCAUUGCACCAACCCCCAUCCCUCAUUGCACCAGAGCUCCUCCCUCAUUGCUCUAG